AUGUGUAUUGAGAAACAAACUGACUUUCUCUCCUACGAUGGCAGUUUGACUCUGUCCUUUGCUUUAAUUUCUGUGAUAUGUUUUCUGAUGAACGAAAUUAUAUUUGGAAUCUUUAUUUCAUAUCAAGACACUCCAGUAGUAAAGGCCAAUAAUCGUGAUCUGAGCUUUAUUCUCCUCAUUGCCAUCAAGCUGAGCUUCCUCAGUGUGUUUCUGUUCCUCGGUCGCCCUGUGGAUAUAACCUGCAUGCUGCGCAUCAUCACUUUUGGAAUCACCUUCUCCAUAGCUGUCUCUUCUCUCCUGGCCAAGACUAUCAUGGUUUGUGUUGCUUUCAAAGCCACCAAGCCAGGGAGCUCAUGGAGAAAAUGGCUGGGAGUCAAACUGUCCAAUUCUGUAGUCUUGUUCUGCUCAUCCAUUCAAAUAAUCAUCUGCAUGACUUGGUUGGCCAUUUCUCCUCCCUUUCAGGAACUGGACAUUCACACUUCCCCUGGAACCAUCAUCAUUCAGUGCAAUGAGGGCUCAGCUAUUGGCUUUUACUCAGUUAUUGGGUAUAUGGGGCUUCUGGCAGCUGUUAGUUUUGUUUUAGCAUUUUUAGCUCGGAGCUUACCGGACAGUUUUAAUGAGGCCAAGUACAUC